GAAACAGGGCGGAUGUUAUGGACUGUGAUUCACAGACUGAUUCACAUUUCUCUGCCGUGCUUCUCCUAGAGCGUUAUCUCGCCGAUUAUUGGAAAAUGAUGUAGGAGAACAUUCUUGCUCUCACCCGCAGAAAUAAGGACGCUAACAUGUUCAUAGGUCAUCAUUUUUCUACUGUGACCAUCAUGCUCCAGAUGUGUGUGCUGUGCUGGUUGUUGUCAGUUGUCGACCCCCAGUCAACAAAUUCCUCAUUUAAGAAAGGUCGCAACAUCACGAUCCACUCAUCUCAGCUGAUCUGCAGUCUGCCCGGUCCAGUGGGGCCUGCGGGGAACCCAGGAGUCCCCGGAUCACCAGGGGCCAUGGGACCAAUGGGCCCGCCGGGGAAGGAUGGCCCAGACGGAAAGGACGGAGAGAAGGGAGAAAGGGGAAAUAGAGGUAAUCCAGGAAGGACUGGAAACCAAGGCAAACCCGGGAUUAAAGGCCGCGAAGGAGUUAUCGGCAAGGCUGGACUUCGAGGUCUGAAGGGCCUGCGUGGGAUACCGGGAUUAGCUGGAAAACGGGGGCCAAAGGGAGAGGGGGGUGAUACAGGCCAUGAAGGGGCGCCUGGAGGCUGCAACUGUGACAGUGCAGCCCGUUCUGCCUUCUCUGUGGCGAUGACAAAGAGCUACCCCAAAGAGAAAAUGCCCAUCCGCUUCAGCCGGAUCCUGUUGAAUGAGGGGAAUCACUACAAUGCCACCAGUGGGAAGUUUGUGUGCGUUAUUCCUGGAGUCUACUAUUUCUCUUAUGACAUCACUCUUGCAAGUAAACAUCUGGCCAUAGGGCUGGUGCACAAUGGACAGUACAAGAUCAAGACAUUUGACGCAAACACAGGAAACCACGAUGUGGCGUCUGGGUCUACAGUUCUCCAGCUGCAGCGGAGAGACCAGGUCUGGCUGCAGAUCUUUUACUCUGAGCAGAAUGGACUCUUCUUUGACCCUUUCUGGACAGACAGCACCUUCACUGGCUUCCUUAUCUAUGCCGACCAGGACUUUCUCAAUGAGGCUGACAGGAAAGCAAAUGCUAAGGAUGACAGUUAAUGCUGCACUCCUGGAACAUGUUCCUGCCAUUGAACAAGUUCUGACACUAGGGGGCAGUCACUGAAGGAAGAAAGUCAACUAGAGAAACCACAAUGCUCUGUCACACUUCUAGGAAAACGCUUUUUUAAAUAAUUAGUCCAAGAACUGCCAGAGUUAUUUACAUGCGUUCAAGUUUUUAUUAAAUAAAACUGAAAUCAAUAACA